AUGCGAUAUAUUCGGUUUCUCAAGCCGCCUCGCGUUGUCACGGUGAAAGGCACAUCGAAGCAAGAGAUAUCAUGUCUGGUUACCAUCACGUCUGACUUGGGCGAUACAUUUCUACCACAUGACAUACAGUUGUCGGCAGAGCUUCUUUCUGAUCCCUCAGAAAAGAUAGUGGUAUGGAGAAUAGUACAAUGGAGUGCUGGUAUGCGAACUCUGCCUGUCACAUUCCCACUGGUCAAAACGCGAACAUCAUCAAAACUUCGCGUGCGAGUGGGAUUCGGGUCGAAGCUAGGACGUGACGAAUACAACUUGCUAUCUGAGGAUGGAGCAUGUGGAGUAGUAUCUGCCUGGAGCUCAAUCUUUGAAGUUUCUGUGCCAACAAGCGAAGCUGAGAAGCUCGUCCAGAGACGUUUCCGGCUCCCAGAUGGAUCCAUUGUGGUCAUAUACGAGGAAACGGGGGAGAGCAUUGCUCGACAUCUUUGGGAUGCAGGCAUUACUUUAUCUUGUCACCUCAGCGACCUCUGCAAUAGCGAAAGCCCGCUUACGAAAGCAUUACUGCCCUCUGGACGACCUGCCCAAUGCCAGAUCUUAGAACUCGGAACCGGUUGUGGAAUGGUUGGUAUCACUAUCGCCCAACUCCUCCCGGGAGCAGAGGUCCGCCUCACUGAUCUUCCCGAAGCCCAAGAAAUUGUAAAGCGCAAUAUCCAUCAGGCCCGGCCCGCUGAAGGCUCUUCACUCGAGUUCCAAACCUUGGAUUGGGAUGCCGAGCUGCCGCUAGACCUACAGCGUCCAACUUCGCCUAUGGACUUGGUCAUUGCUGCAGAUUGCACAUACAACUCAGACAGCAGCCCAGCACUGGUCGAGACACUGAGUCGACUGGCCAAAGUCUCACCGAAGGUCCUUGUAGCCAUAGCAAUGAAAAUGCGACAUCCAAGCGAGGAGAUCUUCUUCGACCUCAUGGCUGCAGCGGGAUUUCAACCGACCGCGAGGCUUGACUACCCAUUGCCGGGCGACCUUGGAAUUGGAGAAGAGAUGGUAUACCUACACGUCUACCAACACAAGCCCAGGCUGUAAGAUGCAAAAGUUACAAUUCUUUGCAUCCAACUCAUCAAAACUUAAUUUCAUGACUGGGUUGAUCUCUGCAAAAUUGUCGUGAUAAGGCCGUUGCGGACCGAUUGGUGGAUUGGCAUUCGUUUCAGUGUUGAUGUCAAUGGUCAGCAAUUGCACUUUCCAACGCGUGGCGUAAAUUCAUGCUCACGGAUCGGCCGGAUCGAUGUAUGAUGAGACGGAUAGUACCGCGCUGAUGUUCUUAAAUGGGGCUCCUCGCGCCCGGCGUCGCGUGCU